AAAAAACUAUCAAUGUAUAAUUUUAAAUUGUAAUUACUACAUCAUGUUGUUGGUGUUUGGAUUUUUGUUCUGUUUUCUGUUAUGGUUCUUUCCUCUGUGUUUUUCAGAACCUAUGUUCCCUUCCCUUAAAUGAGUUGAGACUUUUUUUUUUUAACUCAUAAAAUGUGUGAAAAUGUUUUGUAGAAGAUGAGACAAAGCUAAGAUAAACUAUCAGAUAAGACACGACCAAAUGUUGUUUUCGUGUCCAAAUCACAGAUAACUUUUAAUCUGGCGAAGCUUUUCUUGCUGACCUAGUAUUAUUCAAGAACGAACUUCUGCUUGGUUCGUGGGGUUAUAUGGCAUAUGUUUCAUCAUUAAUAGCAUCUAUAGCCUCUUGCGUCUCCAUUUCCAAAUGCCGUUCGCUUCACUGUAAGGUAGUCAAGACUGUGAGUUACCGUCAGGGAUUCAUCGGAGACCAACUCGUCCGGUGUUACCUGAGACUGUGUCACGAAGUUUGCGCCGAGAAGCUGUUCGACGAAAUGCCCGAGAGAGAUUUAGUCUCUUGGAACUCUUUGAUAUCUGGGUAUUCAGGGAGAGGUUAUCUGGGUAAAUGUUUGAAGGCUUUAUCUAAGAUGAUGAGAUCCGAGGUGGGUUUAGGGUUUAGACCUAAUGAAGUUACGUUUUUGUCGAUUCUCUCGGCUUGUGUUCAUGUAAAGAGCAGAGAAGAAGGACGUUGCGUUCAUGGGCUUGUGAUGAAAUAUGGUGUGCUGGAGGAGGUGAAAGUUGUGAAUGCUCUUAUCAACCUGUACGGAAAGGUUGGAGAUUUGAGUUCUUCUUGUAGACUGUUUGAGGGUUUGAGUGUUAAGAAUGUGGUUUCGUGGAAUACAAUGAUUGUGGUUUACUUGCAAAACGGUUUAGCUGAAGACGGUCUGGGUUGCUUUAAAGUGAGCAGAAGGGUUGGUGGGAACAAGGCUGAUCAAGCUACUUUUCUUGCUGUUCUCCGUGUCUGUGAAGCUAUUGGGGCAGUGAAAGUAGCGCAAGGGAUUCACGGGAUGAUAUUGCGUUGCGGGUUUAAUGCAAACAUGUGUAUAGCUACGGCGUUGUUAGACUUGUAUGCAAAACUGGGGAGGUUGGAGGAUUCGUCUAAGGUGUUUUUCGAGAUUACUUCUCCAGAUAGUACGGCGUGGACAGCGAUGCUUGCUGCUUACGCCACUCAUGGUUACGGAAGAGACGCGAUCAAGCUUUUUGAGCUCAUGGUUGAUCGCUCUGGUAUUAGUCCUGAUCAUGUAACCUUGACUCACUUGUUGAGUGCUUGUAGUCACUCGGGUCUUGUCGAAGAAGGGAAGCAUUAUUUCGAAACAAUGUUGAAAAGAUACAGAGUUGAGCCGAGGUUAGAACACUACUCUUGUAUGGUUGAUCUGAUGGGUAGAUUCGGGUUUCUUCAGGAUGCUUAUAGAAUGAUCAAAGAGAUGCCAAUGGAGGCGAGUUCCGGUGUUUGGGGAGCUUUGCUUGCUGCUUGUAGACUUUAUGGAGAUACCAAACUCGGCAAAGAAGCUGCAGAGAGAUUGUUUGAGUUAGAACCCUGUGACGGUAGAAACUACAUAAUGCUAGCAAAUAUCUACUCAGCUUCUGGUCAGUGGGAAGAUGCUUCGAGAAUAAGGAAUCUGAUGAAACAGAAAGGUCUUGUGAGGGCUUCAGGGUGUAGCGAGAUAGAACAUGGUAAUAAGAUUCAUAAGUUUGUUGUUGGAGAUUGGUCUCACCCUGAGUCAGAGAAGAUACAGAAGAAGCUGAAAGAGAUUAGGAAGAAGAUGAAGAAGGAACUAGGAUAUAAAUCAAGAACAGAGUUUGUGUUGCAUGAUGUUGAUGAAGAUGUGAAAGAGGAAAUGAUUAAUCAACAUAGCGAGAAGAUUGCAAUGGCGUUUGGGCUUUUGGUGAUUAGUCCAAUGGAACCGAUAAUCAUAAGGAAGAAUCUUAGAAUAUGUGGAGACUGUCAUGAAACAGCAAAAGCAAUAUCUUUGAUGGAGAAAAGGAGACUCAUUAUUAGAGAUUCUAAAAGGUUUCAUCAUUUCUCAGAAGGUUCUUGCUCUUGCAGAGAUUAUUGGUAAUUUCUAAAUUCACUUUGACUUUUUAAACCAAUAAAAUGUACGUAAAUCAGACAUUGCAUGACACAAUCAAAAUUAUUACAUGAAAAGACUCAUAAAAUGUAUACAACACAGAAUAUAUUCAUGU